CUCCUUUCACUUCAUCUUUUUCCUUUGGGUUUAAGGACGCGCCUCACCGUCCAGAUUUUAUGACCCUUUGUCUGAAGCCACGUGCUACUUAAGACUAAUUCUUGUUUGGCGUACCGACAAGAAUUUACUUUAUUUUUCCGACAGAUAACUAUUGCAACCUUUGACAAGUUAAACGCGCUGGGUGCAGUUAACUUCCUUUUUUUGAAUUUUCAAAUUAAGACCCUUUUUCUUCUUAAAAAUCUUUACGAACCUUUUCUUCCAAAGUCAACUCUUUUUGCAUUGAAUUCUGAUUCGACCAAGGUUCCAAAAGACGACGACAAAAGACGAAUUUUUGAUAGAGAAUAAAGACGCUCAAACUUUUAUUCUGACGAGCCAUAUGCCAGAGCGCUGCAGAAGAAAAACAUCCAGGUCAGCUAAGACGUCCCAAAGCGACUUGAACUUCCACCGCGAAAUCACAGCAAUAACAGGAUGCAUCCCCGCCACUGACGAGACCGAGCGGGUUGGACCGGCAGAGCCUUUGUCAAUGUCCCUGACGAAUCUGUGUGACAAAGCGUCGACUGAACCAGAUGAUUCCAGCAUCGGACCUCACGAAGACGGCGCAAAGAUGACCUGGUUCAUGACCCUGCUGCUCUUCAGCACAACCGUCGCCAACAGCUCCCCAGACGUGGUUGAAUUUGGACCAGAAUCGGGCAUCGUCCUGAAGGACCAGCCUGGCUUAUUGAUAACAAACUGCCGCCUGCACACACAGAGGGUGUUCGUCAGGCUCGACCCCACAGAAGUGUACAGGGCCAACUUCGCCAGCAGUACAGUGAACCUGGUCUCCUGGGCAGGUAGCCGGUGGACCAAGUCUGUCCUGAAGCACGCUGAGGCAGACAUAGUCAACACGCUAUGCCAGAUGGAGAAGUUCACAGUAACACAGGCAGAACUGAGUGGACUCAACAAAAGAGAGAAGAGGUUCAUUGGAGGUCUGCUAAAGGCAGCCUCAGCUGUAGGAUCCCUCUUCAGUUUUGGCUUAUCAGCAGUUAACACUGUCACACUAUCAACGGUAAAGAGACACGUUAGCGAGCUCCAAGAGAGAGAAGGUCUUGAGACCAUCGGACAAACUGUACGAGACACCGUGGUAAUCCUUAGCACCCAUACCAACGUGCUCAAAAAGACCGUAAGCAUAAUUGACCAGCUAACGUCAGUGUUGCAGGAAGACUAUGCACACACACAGAUGUUGAAUAUGCUCAUGGCAGACAUGACCAGGGAUGUUGAAUUUUCCAUUGACAGCCUCGCCGUCGGUAGGAUUAGACCUUACAUUGUCCCUUUAACCCUGGUCCACCAAAUUCUCGAGUCCGCAACUCAUAGUCUAGUCACGCCGUUAUAAGCUCACCUCGCGUACGCAUUGGGAAGCUCAAUCCCAAACUAUGUAGACCCGGAGGAUCUUGAAAUGGCGUUUCUAAUUAACUUACUGAUUGUCACUACAGAAAACAUUUACAGGCUCAAAAGUGUCGUGAACGUAGGUCUCUGGCAAGGAGACAAUCACCUUAAGAUCCACACACCACCCGUAGUGGCUUUUAACGACGCUAACCCUGAGCUAUACUUAGUGCCAAAUCUCAAAAUGUGCACUGUCACGAAGGACAUUCAUUAUUUGUGUCCCAGCAAACCAUUCAUCCGAGAUGACACUGCCGGCAUCUGCGGUCUCAAAACACUGGGACAAAUCGUUGUCAAACGACCAUCACGCCGUUCCGCCAAGUCACGGACACUCAGGUAGAAAUAGCAGGAUAACGCUGGUUGGUCAACACCCCCGAAAAAUCAGCCCUACUAGUGUACAACCGUCAUGACACUUCGACUCGCAUCGAACUUCCGGGUCAUGGUACCCGAAAACGCCCUGCUCCAUAUUGGUGAGGUAUCUCUCUAUUAUCACCUGCAUCCUGACCAAUACGAAGGAGCCAUCGAAGUGUCCGACUUUUACAAUCAAACCGUUAUCGAAAUAGACCAACAGACUCUGGAGAAAAUCCAGUAUGAGGGUUCGCAAGUCAUUGACGUGGCCCCAAUAGAAGCGGAAUGUUGGAACCUCGCUGAUUUAUAUAUAUAUAAACUAGACAAAGGAACUCCAGAAACUACAUUACCCAGAGUCCUUGGGGGUGGAGCUUAUUAACCCUUUAAAAGAGCUCGCGCCCGGGAACUCGCUGUCUUUUUCUCCGGCUCUUUUCUCUUUUCACUUUUGCUCCUUUCACUUUAUCUUUUUCCUUUGGGUUUAAGGACGCGCCUCGCCGUCCAGAUUUUAUGACCCUUUGUCUGAAGCCACGUGCUACUUAAGACUAAUUCUUGUUUGGCGUACCGACAAGAAUUUAUUUUUCCGACAGAUAACUUUUGCAACCUUUGUCAAGUUAAACGCACUGGGUGCAGUUAACUUCCUUUUUUUGAAUUUUCAAAUUAAGACCCUUUUUCUUCUUAAAAAUCUAAAUUCCUUUACAAACCUUUUCUUCCAAAGUCAACUCUUUUUGCAUUGAAUUCUGAUUCAACCAAGCUUCUAAAAGAUGACGACGAAAGACGAAUUUUUGAUUUUUGAUAGAGAAUAAAGACGCUCACACUUUUAUUCUGACGAGCCAUACGCCAGAGCGCUGCAGAAGAAAAAAAUCCAGGUCAGCGACUUGAACUGCCACCGUGAAAUCACAGCAAUAACAGGAUUCAUCCCCGCCACUGACGAGACCGAGCGGGUCGGACCGGCAGAGCCUUUGUCAAGGUCCCUGACGAAGCUGUGUGGUGGACAAACCGUCGACUGAACCAGACGAUUCCAGCAUCGGACCUCAAGAAGAUGGCGCAAAGUAAGACCGGGCUAUGUUGUCAGAUAAACAGAGUGGCUUUAACUCUAUUCAAAAUCAUUAACUCUCUCUCUGGUUAACAAAUACCAAAGUAAACUACCUGUUACAUUAGGACGAAUUUUACUCCAAAACCCCCGCUACGAAACCAAACGAACAGAACAUUGUAUAAUCAUUGCUAAUUGAAUGUCGUCAUAAUUAAAUU